AUGAAGAUGGUAACUGCUUUCACGGGCAACAUGAAGAAAGCUGCUGCUGGACUUAGACGCAUUAAUCUUGAAGGUCUCCGAUGGCGGGUUUUUGAUGCAAAAGGCCAGGUCCUUGGGAGGUUAGCAUCUCAAAUAGCUACUGUAGUUCAAGGAAAGGAUAAACCAACUUACACCCCUAAUCGCGAUGAUGGAGAUAUGUGCAUUGUUCUUAAUGCAAAGGAUGUUUGUGUGACUGGGAGAAAACUCACGGACAAGGUUUAUUACUGGCAUACAGGGUAUAUUGGCCACCUCAAGGAAAGGACUCUAAAGGAUCAAAUGGCCAAAGAUCCUACUGAAGUCAUUCGCAAAGCUGUUCUGCGUAUGCUUCCGAGAAACAAACUACGUGAUGACAGGGAUCGAAAAUUAAGGAUCUUUCCUGGCAGUGAGCACCCGUUUGGUGAUCGACCACUUGAACCUUAUCUGAUGCCUCCGAGAAGUGUACGGGAAAUGAGGCCACGAGCAAGGCGUGCCAUGAUUCGAGCACAGAAGAAGGCUGAGCAGCAGCAACAGAAUGCUGAUGGAAAGAAAAAAAAUGGAGAAGCCCAGGAAGAAAGUGCCUGA